CAAGAUUUUUUUCAUAUGCGACCAUGUGGGGUUUCCCAAUACACAUAAAAGCAUCGUGAAGUCGUGUUUCUCUUUUCAUGUAAACCAAAGUUGUCAUAUAUAUAUCAUCCUCCACUCCUUUUGAUCUCUCUACGUGUGUGUGUGUAUUGGAAACAUUAUAAUAUCAAGAGAAAGUAUGGCUGUUGUUCAUCAGAAUGAAGAAGAAGAAGAAGAAACUAUAUUCGAAAAGACGAAGAAUAUGGGUGUUGUUCCAACCACACUUGCCACCUUUGAAUCAUUAACCUUUCCACUUGUUCAAGAAGUUGUUCUUUUAGCCGAUUUUCAGUGUAAAAGAUGCCAAGAUAGAGUAGCUGACAUACUCUCCAGAUUGAAUGGUGAGGCGGAGUCGGUGGAGUUUAGCUUGACGGAAAAAAAAGUAACGGUCACCCUGAAUCGUCGACAUGAUCCAAGAACAGCGAAAAUGCCUGAAAACGAACUUCAAAAUAAUGGAAUUUACAAAAACAACCCUAGUAACAAAUUUUCUUUAGUCAAAAGGAUGUUUAGCUCUUCUUCAAGUUGAUUUUGUUAUUUUGGCCUACCACAUAUACGGAAACAGAAAUUGUUGUAUAAUAUGGAAUGUACAUGUCAAAGUCAUUUUAUAUACAAUUAUACAUGUACAUAUUGAUGAUUUUAUUGAUUAUUUUCUUUUUAUUCGUGUAAA